CCGCAAGUGGAACCUAUUUAGACGCAUGUUGUGUUGUGUACAAAAAGAAACGUCAAACUAAAGUCGAGCGAACCAAAACGAAACGGCCGAGGAAUAAGCAAACCCACUGGAAACCAAAAAGCAGAAGCCACAGGACAUACGAUUGUUUACCAGAGAGAGCGGCGGACCCGUAGCGAACCGCUCCCCCAAGAAGCGGCGGCCCCAAAAAAAUCGCCCACAAGAGAAUCCACCAAAACCACACAAACACACGAGCACACACACGGCACACAAACACAACCACACACGCGCAGCCAAGGAGCAAAAGAAGAAUUGCGCCAGAAGAAGCAGCAGCAUCUAGAAUCUAUUAGUGCAACCCCACGGAUCCACAGGUUCUUCUUCCAGCGGUCGGAGCAGCGCCACCAGGAACAGCCAAAGCCAAGGAUCACCAGUUGUAGCAGCAGCAGCGACCCAGUCAGGAUCAGCAUUGCCAGGAUGAGCAUGGAGAAAGUAGCCAGCAAGCAGUACGAGUCGAAAAUCUGGCCAGACAUCGUCGACAGCGACGACAGCGAUGUGGAGAACGAGAUAGACGUGGAUAAACUGCCGCCACUGGAGGUGGGUCCCGGCGAGAACCGGCUGCAGCACACAUACUGCCUCUGGUUCUCCCGCAAGGGAACGCAGCGGGCAGCCGCCGACUACAGCAAGUCGCUGCACGUGGUCGGUCGGUGUGCCAGCGUGCAGCAGUGGUGGUCGCUCUACUCGCAUCUCAUCCGGCCCACCGCCCUGAAACCGUUCCGGGAGCUCAGCCUCUUCAAGCAGGGCAUCAAGCCGAUGUGGGAGGACCCGGCGAACAGCAAGGGCGGCCAAUGGGUGAUACGGCUGCGAAAGAACAAGAUCGAGCGGGCCUGGGAGAAUGUCUGCAUGGCGAUGCUCGGCGAGCAGUUCCUCGUCGGCGACGAGAUAUGCGGAAUCGUGCUACAGACGAAAUAUCCGGAGGAUAGCUUAUCAGUAUGGAACCGGACUGCCACUGAUAUGACCAGUACAACACGUAUCCGUGAUACGUUACGCAGGAUAUUAAAUAUACCUCUAACAACGGCAAUGGAGUAUAAGAUACACUGUGAUAGCCUUAAAUAUGUUUCAAUUAAUAAAGGCCCAUUGAAAAGCUGAAAUUCAGUAAAUAACUAUAAACAAAAGAAAAACAAAAACAAUAAUUACACAAACAGAUAAUAUAAGUCGCUAGUGAAAGCAGCAACAGUCACAAGUUCAUCGACAGCACAGACAAACGUUACACCAACCCCAAGCACAAGGAACCAUCGUGGACACAACAGAACAUCAGAACACCAUCGGAAUCGAACCCACAACCCAGAUCGACCCACAUCAACAACGAGGGCAGGAGUGGCUCCCAGCUCAGCCGCCCCAGAUCCCGAACAUCAAACACCAUAGAAAGGCAAAUUAAUAUUUAAGCGCUAAUGAGACAAAUCUUUGUAUUUUAAACGAGUUUACAAAGUGUGUGUAUAUAUGAAACGCCAUAAAUAUUUUAGUUUGUAUGUAUAAAGUUUAAAUUAGGCAUUCCCAAUUAAAGAAAAUCAAAGUCCCCCUAACUGCCUAAACUGAAGCCUCUCCAAUCUGGCUAUCGCAAUCUAACUUAGUUUAUUUUGUAUUAAUUUACCGAACCCUUUUAUCUUAAUCUCCCGAACGAUUGCAAUUGGACCACCUCUCCCACAGGCGUGCCCUUGUAUUGUAGCCUUAUCGAUUAUCGCCAUAGCCGGCAGGCAGCCAACACACCAUGAUAAUGAAUCUAUGAAACUGACACACUAACUAGCCGAUACUGUAUUUAUCUGUUUGCAAUGAUUAUUUUAAAUUAAUGAUACAAACCGAAACUGAAUAAUCAAA